CUGUUACCUUGACCCGCCACUGGAGAGCUGUUGUUAAUGAAUCCAAAGUCUUUAUUUGGAUUUCCGAUUCUCUCCAUUUUCCUGCAUUGCAGGGCCAGGUGAUGAGCUGUUUUAACCGGACGUCUCAUAAACAGUUUAUAAUCUCAUCUUUACUGUUUCCUCUACAAUGAAAUUCCAUCUCUAUGCCAUCUCAUCUUAAGGGGUUCUCAUAGCCAGCCUUGCUUGUUUCUGUUCAGCACGCCUUUUUUUUUUUUUUUUUUUUUUUUUUUUUAAUAAACCGCAAUAUUACGGAUUCCGGUACGCUUGAUACACGGCAGCGCUUCUUAUUUUCUCCUUUUCUUGCUUCCAUCUUCAAACAAAAAGGAUACCCUUUUCCUUUUUGGCGUGUCGCGCAAUGUCCCUCCAAACAACCUACCUUGUGAAUGGCGAAUGGGCCACUAGACGGGUCGAUAUCGGUGAAAUACUUGCCAGAAACCGUGAAAUAAAUAUUCCUGGAGAAAAUCGAACUUCAAGGGUGCCAGCUACAGGUUUACUUUCGAGAACACUCGUCCAUGGUCCAGCAAUCCAGUGGGUAUUACCGGCUCGUAUCCGCCAUCAAAACAGAAACGAUGUUGUGUUUGUGGGAGACAAUUUCAUUCAGAUCAAGGAACUCGUGCUAAGUGGACAUUUGGAGGAAGUUAUGACAAAAGCAGAUUUUGAUGCCAAGAUCGUUGGCGCAACGGUUAUAAACACGCGUCCUGAAGUAGGAUUGGGGGAUGAAAUUGGAGUCGAAAGAAGGGCGGCUGCUCCCGGUGCUCCGCUGGAUGUUGGGAAUCUUGCUCCUCAGAUUCUCGUUCUGAUUCUGGCCUCAAAGGAAAUGAUAUUUCUUUACGCAAAAGAGUUAUCCCAAGGGCGCCAUGAAUUUGUGCAUGCGCGAAGGCCUUUGCCAGCGGAUGUGAGUUCCCUAGAAGAAUAUGGGAAGAACAUAACAGUCGAUCCUCGGUCCCGCGCAAUGGCAGUUUCGGCGGCCCAAAAGUUUUUCGGCAUAUUCUCGCUUAAAGCCCCUCAAGUAAUGCAGCGCGAGAUGGCGUGUGGGCCGGUAAAUCCAAUUCAGGAAGAACGUUUUUUCCGCACCGACGGCGAUAUUCUAAAAAUGGAAUUUCUAUACCCCAAAUCUAGCGAUCCCGACAAAGCAAUUCUGCUUCUACUUGUGUCGCGGAAUUCAGGAGUCCAUUUGAUGCUCUACUACUGGAACACCACACAAAAUUUGCACUCUAUAACCCCCAGAAUCACGGGAUUGAGAAGGCUACCUGUGGAGUGGGGAGCUCCUCCGAUUCUAGUUCCCUUAAUCCAGUCUACGUCUUUUUUGUUCGUCACUCCUACCAAAGUUCAUAUUUUUUCCGAUGUCGUGGAAAAGAAUAUUCCUGCCAAAGGAUAUUCGUUGCCCCCAAGCGACGACUCCAUAUUCGAGUGGAGCGACCUUAUCUGGACACAAUGGACUCGGCCUAUGAGACAUGGCGUCCGCAAUAAAGAAUUUGAUGACAUCUAUCUCUGUCGGGAGGAUGGAAAAAUCCUAUACCUAGAAAUAAAAGAUGGCUCAGUGAAGCGCAAUUCGGUCAUCGGGGUCCUUGAUUGUAAUCUUGACACUGGAUUUGCUAUCUUGGACGGCGGGUUUGAGGCGGGAGAUUUAUUCGUUGCAACUGGUAGCAUGAGCAGCGGCGGUUUGUUUAUCGCAGAGCCAAGAAAGCCACUGAGGUGCAUACAGCGCAUCCCGAAUUGGGCACCGACUUUGGAUUCUAUAAUCGUAAAGGGGCCGGUGCAGCGCAAUCCUCCCGUUUCCCAGACUGAAUUUCGGACGGCCGGGCCAUCCUACGAUAGGAUAUUCACCUGUUCCGGCGCGGGCAGUCGCCCGGGAGCCAUCGCUGAAUUAAGAUAUGGACUGGAAGCGCGAAUUGGAUUGGUGGUUGACCAGGAAGAUUCCUCUAUCAUUAUCGAUCUUUGGGCUAUACCCAAUGAGUUUACGGGAGGCACGUUUUGCUUAAUAUCAAACCCAAUGUCAUCGUCCUUAAUAUCUAUUCCUAUUGAGGCGACGGAAGACCUCUACGCAUUGGAUGAGGAAAGCUCGGGCUUGAACCUCAGCUCCCCAACACUAGCAGUGUCUAGGACCGCCAACCAAAUGGUUAUUCAGGUUACAGAUGUGUCCAUCAAUUUGACAGUAUUGGAAGAUGAGGCUCUCCGCGUUUCCAUAGAAAUGGAAAAGCCUUCAAACCGAAUAAUUGCGGCUACUAUUAACGGCCGGCUAUCUCUCCUUGCUACGGUAAUCCGUUCUGAUGAUGGCCUUCAAGUCAUUGUGCGGACUCCAGAAAUCAAUUCUAGUGGCCUCCAGUGUAAUAUGUUCGCCCAGCCUUUGGUGACAACUUACGAACCUGUUUGCUUGCUAAUUGAGGAGAUCAACUCCCACUUUUACCUUUUUAUUGGCACCAGCGAUGGCAGACUCGUAGUCGUCGAAAUAGAUUAUGCAAAAGGCUUGGUUCCUGUUACUGAGCAGAAGAUCUUCGGCAUGGGAGAUCAAGACUCGACCGUGUGUGAGUAUUUACAGAUGAUUUCUACAGUCAAGCGUGGGGUUCAAAAGUUCACGUUAUUCUGUGGUCUUCGAGGUGGUAUUUUGGUACCAUUUGAUAUAGAACGAGACGCAAAUAAUGCAUUUGCAGGGGCAACCCAGAAAACGCCAUAUAAACUGGGAGACACCUUUGUUCGAAUUCGAGGCUAUGAAUCCGACGGAUCGAUGGCGAUUGUAACCUGUGGACACGGUCUUUGGCGGUUGUCAUUCAAAGAGGAUGAUGACUGUACGGAGCAUAGAUUAGACAAGAUUUUAAUCACAGAUCAAAAUAAUCCCUCCCGCAUACAGUGUGCUAUCGAUGCGUUUUGCUGCAUCGACCCACAACCUAAUUCGCCCCCAGGAGGCCUUGGAGGAUCACUCCUAUGUUUCGCUGAGAAUCAAUUAUUUGCCUGCACUCUGGAGAAGCUGCCAAAACCUAUUCCUCGAGAGAUCCAUGUUCCGGGCAGCCCUAGACGGAUAAUUUAUUCCAAAUACUUACAGAGGCUAGUCGUCGCGUACAACUCCACCAGUUAUGAAAGAGAUGGUGAAUAUACAAGGUGCUAUAGCCGUCCAAGGCUCUGCUUCGUUGAUCCGGACAGCCAAUCAUCUGAACCGUCUUUUUUGGAGCUGAAUGAUGACAAUAACCGUUCUCCCGACGGCACCAAGGACGCUAAAAUGCCUACAGGAGCAUCUGGAGAGAAAAUCACAGCUCUAUUUGAUUGGAAUUUCUCAAGUGGCGAACAUGCCUACCACAUGAUUGUUGUUGGAACUUCACAGCCGCGCAGUACCUAUGCAGGGCGACUAAUAUAUAUCUCUGCUCGUACCAAUCCUCAGAAACCGGGGCAGAUUGUUCCAAUUAUCAAAAACAUGCUGAAUUACGACCAACCCGUCAGAGCAAUAGCCUCUUACGAGUCAACUAGUUUGAUAAUUGGGGUUGGCGAUGGGAUCUUGGUCCAGUCCCUCAACCCUGCAACUAAAAGAUGGCGGAGAUCUGGCACUUACAAAUUGGAGUCAACUCCUCUUUCCAUUACUGUCAAGGAGCCAUAUAUUUACGUUUUAACGGCGCGACACUCAGUCUGCAUUUUAAAGCUGGUGGAUGGACAUUUCGAGCUGUACGGUCAGGAUGGCGCCGACAGAGAGGGCCUCGACCACGUGAAUCUGCAAAGCGAUUCAAAAAUUAUUCUGACCUCGAACAGAGGUGGAUCGAUAGUCGGGUUCUCCGAGUUGGGACUGGUGCCGGAUGAAAAGUUGCUAAAACCGCUUUUCGUCGCCCACGUCCCCCAUUCUCUGAUACGACUCGGCCCAAGCCAUAGACCAUAUGAGCCGGGAUCGCCUGAAACCAUAUACGGUACAGCUCUUGGAGGCACCAUAUACAGAUUCACGACUUUGAAGGAGCACGAAUGGCGUCUUCUUCGGUUUAUCCAAAAUAUCUGCCUUGCCAACGCGGUCAUUUGUCCGUAUCGGACACGGCGCAGGAUUGUCAUUGAGGAUCUAGCCCCGGCUAUGCUAAAACCCGAGUCUAUGCAUGUCGAUGGUGAUAUUCUCAGCCGGAUCGUAGAUCAUGGAAUGCGGUUCUUGGAAGAUGUGAUGAGGAAGAAUACCACGGCCUCGUUUUAUACAAACAGAUCUGCGACUGACAGCAGCGGGAGGAUGGAGAGAUUUAUAGAGUUUGCUACGCCUGUGGUUGGAGAUGUGGAAAAUCCAUUUGCAGCGGUUGUAUCUUGGAUGGAAGACUUGCUUCGUCUUGAGCUUUGA